AUGAUAGGAAGGGACUGUCUGCAAACUUGGUUGAAGUCAUGGCACAUCGAUAGGGAAAAGGAGAAUCCGACAUGCCCUUUGUGUCGAGCGCAGUUGCCGUUGCUCUACAAAGACAUUGAGUCGAUGCCGUGGGACAAGCAAUUGGAAUUGCUGCCAAGGCAAGUGCAGUUAAUCGCCCGGGAGUGGGUGGCGUAUGCACGCAGCGAUGAGGCGCUGGACAGGGAAGUCGAUGCCUUCCUACUGGCGGCACGGGCGGAGCAAAUUGAUGGGUGUUACGGAGUUGAGUUGGGGCACAUGCUGGCAAAGCUGGAGACACGGCGGUUGGCCUUCGUCCAGUACCAGAAGACGCUGCAGGCGGUCCUUGAAGGUAUGCAGGCUGGCUAA